CGAGGUUUGAAGUUUGAAGUAUAUAAGUUCGUAAACAGAUAUUGGAUAUUGGCCAGUGGAUGCUGCCAGUGCGCCCGCUAAAUUCAUAGCGUAAGCUGUAUCCGAGAAUGAGUUCGGAUAACGAUUGUGACUCUAGCUGUGUUAUAACUUCCGUCGGUUUUGUAACGCAGACAGGGAAUAAGCAGCAAAAACACGAAGUAUUAUGUCGAACCGUAGACACUUCUGAAGAUGCAUGUUUAUGGUCUUCAAGUCUUCUCACACGUCGCAGUCGAUAUUUAUGCUACAUUUCGGAAAAUGUGAAUACAUGUCAUGGACCGAAACCAGUACUUGUGAAUUUGGUGUUAAUUGAUGACGGUGAUCGUAUUCCUGAAAAUCAUCAAGCAGUGUACAAUACACUUGAUACUGGUGAACGUGCUUUAAAAAGAAAAAUUCUAUGUGCUAGAUAUUUACCACGUUUAUCAACUUCUCAUGCAAUCACUAAAAUAUUCAUUUAUGGUCGGACACGUGCUCCUGCUGCUGGUUUCACACGUGUUGGCGAUAUCAAUUCACUGAAUAUUUGGUGUAAACAUAGUGAUAUUGGUUUGCAGAAUUCAGCGGAUAAAACUGGUGGAUCAGUUAGACCGCCUGUCCCAUCUCGACCAUCUCUUCACAGUGGGAAUCACAAUUAUCCAAGCUUUCCUUCAUUACCAUCACCAGGCGAUGAUUAUCGUCAUGCAUUCGCUACAACACGUCGUGGAACAGUACAUCCGUUGUCGGGAGUUCCUUUCGAGAUAAAUAAACGUUAUCUUGCUGAUGAAGCUGUGGAAAACAGAAAUACAACUGCUUAUUCAGUAUACAAAACACUUGAUCAAAUCAAUUCAGAGUUCCAAUAUCGCUUUGAUCAAGAACGAUUUCUUCUUGCCACAUCUACUUAAUCCUAAGUGGACAAGACGAUUCCAUAUAAUUACAAUCCUUUCCAUUGAAUAACGAGAAACUGCAAUAGUAUUUUCACUGAGUGAUUUCUUUCAGAUAUCAUGCUUAUCAUGAUAGAAAUAUAUCGAAAAAACGACACUUUGAAAGACAUCAAGGGGAUAAUUUAACUAUUUGUGCGAUGUUUUGAUGUGUAUUUGCUGAACUGUUAUGAUAGUUUUGUUCAUUAUUCAGAAACUGAAAGCAAUUAACACGAUAGAGUCUCACUUAUUUGUCAAAAAUGAACUGAAGUCCAUGAAAAAACAUCUAAGUUUGUUGUUUUGUGAGCAAGUAGACUUUCGAACCAUACGCCGCAGAAUUUCUUAUUUGUUGUGAUGUAACUAGAAAUAUUGGUGACUCAAUAUGAUGAAAAUAUCAAUCGUUGA